AAGAGAGUUCCCGCCAACUUUGCCGUUGGCAAAAAAAUGUGUGAAAGGGUGGCAUAAAAAGAGUCCUCCCUCUUGUGCCAAAAUCCUCCCUAACAAAAUGACCUAACUCCCAUCUCACUCCUACCUCCACCCUUCCUUUCUCUCUCUAGAAUAUCAAGUGUACAAAAACCAAAUCCAAACUACCAAUCUUUUUACCUCAUAAAAACCUUAGGUAGUUUACUUGCUUCUUUUUCUCUUUUGGGAUAGGAAGUGUUUAGCUAGGGUUUCAACCCAACCAUGCAUUUUUUACUGCAACAACUUUUGUUUGUUAUCUUUUUUUUUUUUUCCUCUUUCAUUUGAUUAAUUUGUGUUUUUCUUUCUUUUUUUCAGUUUUCUUGGCAGUGAUGGGAGCUGUGUUCCUCAACUCUUUCUCACCGCCGUCAGCAGUUGCGCCGGAUAAAGUCUUGAGAGUGUGUGAUGAUCAUAAGAGGAAUUGGUGCUUGUUGAAGAGAAAAAGGAGUGUGGUUUUGUGUCAGGGGUCAAGUAGUGGCAAUGUUGUAAAGACUGGCGGGUUUUCUUACGCAGCCGUGAUGGAUGCCGGAAGCCUGGUCUUAACUCCGAAUGACCAGAAGAGCUCGAAAGAGAGUAACAUCGCGGUGAAGGAUUUGAUGCCUUUUGGCGGAUCAUCAUCAACUCCAUCCACCUCUUUGGUUGACAUGCAUGACGGCAUUGGAAUUGUAAAAUUUUUUAGAGGAAAGGGGUUUAUCAUAACUGGUGCAACCGGGUUUCUAGCAAAAGGUAAAAAUAGUUACUAGACAAACCGAAAAUGUGUCU